AAAGGCAGUGCACGCCCGACUGCCGACACGAGCGGAUGGCGUACGUAGCCGUUCGCGUCACGCUAGCCUCGUGAUAUUCCUUCCUGUCAGAGAGAGACACGGUCGCCGGCGUCGUAUUUAGUGACGAGUCACGGAGUAUUUCGUUCGCGUUUUGCGACGCGCACGCGGUCGUGAUCGUCAGGCUGACCGGUGGUGGUCGCGUGUCGCGCAGCCUGCCGCGCGGGGGCCGGGAGGGCGAGAGCCGGUAACGGACGGAUCGUGACAGAAAAAGGCGGCGCAGAGGCGCGGAGGGGAAGCCGAAAAGCACGGGUUUUCGUUCGGUCCCUCCGCGAGGCAACGUCGGCGGCGUCCCGCGCGCUGCCGCUGCCGCCGCCGCCGCCGCCGCCGCCGCUGCUCGUCCCGACAAGCAUUGUGCCGCGCGUCUCCUCGCGGCCACGUGUGUCGCGUCGCGCGGUUCCACACGCGCCCGAAAAUCCGUCGACGCAGCCAGACGCGCGCCGGCGGGCUUGCGCAGACGGCGGGACGGCACCAAAAGUGGUGCGCGCGCGUGCUGCCCUAUCCGGAGCCCGGUGACGUUGGUUACCAUAGUAGCGCGCGUGGCGAUCAGCUGAUCGUCGCGACCCGAGCGUGUUCGACCGUCGGCAGUCGGCCAGCAGCGGCUCCGUCCACUCGUCGUUCCGUGCGUCGCGUCGCCGCAAUACGGUCUCGCGUUCAAUCAGGAUCCCUCAUUCUUCCGCGGCAACGCCGUCGUCCUUCUCGCGCGGCCACAGCCGACGAACAGCUACGGAAACGUCCGCAACGUUGCCACAAGGAUCCGCCGAAAGUUCAACAGUGUUACCACAGUGUCAAAUGCUCGUUCUCGCCGCUGUCAGACGCCGGACAAGAUCAGCUGACGCGCACCGUCGCACCAACACGCUUCGUCGAACGAGCACGCUCCGGACGUGGAGCAGCGCAGUGUUGCACCAGUGCUCGGCCAGCUCCCUGUGACAUUCGCGGACGCCGUGGCCGCUCGUGCGUCGUCGUGCUCGCCCGUGAACGUCUCCAUCCAGCGGCACAGUUCCGGUCGUCGCGUUAUCAUGUUCCGUCGCGCCGAUCUCCGCGGAUCGUCCCGUACGAAUUAUCGAUACGUUCGCGUCGUUCUCGACUCCACCGCGGAGCAUUUCUGACCUACAUUGCGACCAGUGUUUGCCGAACAGGUGUACCCGCGGUUUCGUGUCGCCGCCGCCGCCGCCGCAGGAACGAACCGCGCGCGGACCCAACCGCUUUGCGGUGUGAACUGAAGUCAGCCGUCGGUGACCGCAGCACCGCCGAAAUAAUCGCCGAACGAAGCCGCUGCCGCCCGCCAAGGACUAUACUACGAGAGAGACACUCGGGCUUCACGGGAAUUUAAAUGCUCGAGGACCGAGCCGACCGCUACGCAGCGUGCUACGACAGAUGCGAGUGAUCCGCGGGGAAUAAGCAUCGAUAUUCAGUGUCGAGUGAACCGUCGUUCGUAGUGCGAGUGUGACGAUCGUACGUACGGUGACGCGCGUUCGCCCGUCGACGGAGCGGAUUUGGAAGACCGUCGGGCCCGUCGGACAGCUUCGACGCUCGACCGGAACGGACUCCGUUCGACCGCCGUGCUCCAAGGACUCGCGAAGUCGCUCGGCGUUGUUUUUCUCGUCUUUCUUCCGACGGACCACCAGUGAUAUCGCUUUCUGUGCGGUGUUUCGCAGCUUCCUCGUGGCGGCGAUGACAGCUCGCGGGAUUUUUCUCGGGCACGCGGGAACUGUGUCGGUCACUGCAGACGGAUUAAGCCGGACAUGAGGAGAACGAGCUUCUCGGGAUCGUCUUGAUAGAGAGCUUUGGUGACGUACGCCGAACGGGCCAGUAUUCAUGCCAGUAUGCCAAUCAGAUGCCAGUAGAGAGCCAGUAUCUGUAUCUGUUGCUACCUUACCGAUAGCCAAUUGAUAAGUUUAGAUAGUACCAUUUAAAUAGUCGACACACGCACCCGGUGGAUUUUUGUUUUUGUUUCUCGUUCGCCCGUCGAGAACCGUUCCCUCGAUUUGAUCACCGACCGACGGUUGUUCCCUUCUUAUCGUCUCCUCCCAAUCGUCUCGUCGGAUCGACGGUUCCAUCGGAUCGACGGUUCCAUCGGAUCGACGGUCGCCCGAUUUUCCUUCGAUCGUCGUCGGUGUGCCUCGCGGUCGCGCACAGCGUUCAGGAAAACGGCCGCACGCGGCACACGCCGAAAGGAAAAGUGUCCCGGGCGCGCACGUGAUUUUACCGCCGCGGUAACGGACUAGUCGCGGCGAUCGUAGUUCGUGAUUAUCGUUGUGAACUGACCGAUCGGUUUCUCGGCUGUGAAGUGAAUCGAUACUCCAGGAAAAGAAAAGGAUCGACACGGAGAAAGGGAGUGAACAGCGUACACACAGGCGAGGCACGGUGGCUGGAAACGCUGACUUACUUCGAGAGCGCCAACCUGCAAUCAAGGUUCAUGGUUUUCAUGGAUGAGAGCGAGCUCUCGAGCAAGCGGUGGGCCAGUGCGCCCCGCCGCCCGGACAGCCCCUGCGUCCUGGGGGCACCAACGUCUAGGGAGGCGGCGGGACCGCCGGUGCAGCUGGAACCAGUGGACCUGUCCGUGAAAACUCCGGUGGUGUUGCAGGUGCCUCGGUACAGUCCAGCGGCUAUAAUUACCGCGGCCGCUAGAAGAAUCCCUUCACCUUCGACAACGCCCACGCCGCCGCCACUCUCCAUUUCUACCGUGUCGCCACCUCUGCCGUCGCUCGGCGAAACAGCGUGGGAGAGAGACCACGAACGAGAUCGGGAGAGACACCGGGAGCGGGAGCGGGUGCGAGAGAGGAGCACGGAGAACGAUCGCAGGGAACGGCAGCAGGAGAGAGAGCCUGGGAUCAGGGAGAGGGAGCCCCGGGAUCGGGAGAAGGAUCGCGAGCGCGACAGGGAGAGACAGAGAGACAGGGACAGGGAGAUGUCAGUCUGCGGGAUGGAACCGCUCGAUCCUGUCUUCGUAUCCUCCUCGGCUGCCCUCCUAGCGCUGCAGAGGAUAAAGGAGACAUCCUUGGUGUUCCAUAAACGUCCCGCACUGGCAACCGGAAUCGGGAUCGGCGGCAGAGGCAACGCUGGAGUCGGCGGCAACGGUGGGAAUUUGGGGGUUGACAGCGAGUGCGGCGACGCGUUGAAGAGACGCAAGGUUCACAGAUGCGACGUGGCAGGCUGUGAUAAAGUGUACACGAAGAGCUCCCACCUGAAGGCUCACAAGAGAACCCACACUGGCGAGAAACCGUACCAGUGCACAUGGGAGGGCUGCACGUGGAAGUUCGCGCGUUCCGACGAGCUAACGCGGCAUUAUCGCAAGCACACGGGCCAGAAGCCGUUCAAGUGCCAUCUUUGUCAGCGAUCGUUCUCGCGGAGCGACCAUUUGUCGCUUCACAUGAAGAGGCACUGAUGAAGAGGAGCAUUCUUAGCCGGCCAGUUUCGAGGAUCCGGAGGGGAGGGAAGAGGUGCCGGCAACGGCUGACAGAUGGCGUGCGAACGGGUGGAACGGGGACGAGAAGGAAUCGCGGACCGUGUGUCCGAAUGAAUCGGGGAAUCGGGACUGGGAAUCGCGAUCGGAUAAAAUGAUUCUUCUCUCUCUUCUUUUCUUUUCCUUUUUUUUUCUUUUUUUUUUAAUAUAUAUAUACACACACAUAUACAUAUAUAUUAAAUAUAUUCGGGACCUGAACAAAGCCUCGUCACGCGACCACAUGUGUCCGGGGAGGCGGAAACUAGGAGAGAAAAAAUGAAGAAGGAGGGAAACACGUUCAUUAGACUUACGGAGCUUCGUGCGGUGUAGCAUCGGUGUAAUUUAAACGGCGGGGCGGACGAACCUGUUCAGCGAUCCUCGCCGCCACCGGCCGGUCCCCGAUCGUACCGAUCGGAGUACGUAUAUAUACCCCUUAGGCGUCCUCGAAUUCGCAUCUGUUGAGCAGAGAGAAAUUUGGAAAUUCGCUCGCGCCGCGAGAGCCCACUUAUUUAUUGCGACGAUCGGGGCCGGCGGACGCGAGGAGAGUGCCGAUCGCUGCGGGUUUCCAGCGGGAUCAACGCGCGGCCCAUGGACGCGUCCGACAUCUCGUUCUCUAUUUCUAGCCAAUUUUCCAGUUUGUUUUCCUCUCGUCUUUCUUGUCUUUUCGCGACUCUUCGAUCCUUAUCUCUCUUUCUGUCUUUCUUUCUUUUCAUUUUUUUUUCUCUUUUUUUGUAACGUACGAUUUUACAUAAGGCCAGCUCAACUAGUCUAGAGCACCAUGUAUCGUCUAUGAGGAAUAGAGCCAGUAACUUUGGGGAGCCGGUGAAAUAGGAGGGGGCGACGGUGGGAGGAAGCAGUGGGAGGAGAAAGAGGAGGAGGAGGGGGAGUAGGAGGCAGAGGAGUAGGAGGAGUAAACGUAUCGUUAAGGGUAAUUAAACGAUUAAUUAAGUAAAGAGAAUUAUUCGAACUCCGGUGACGGAGCUUGGGACUUAGCAUGCUCAGUUAAAUAAACUACAACCGUGAUCACAUCGUAAAUACAUUACAUUACAUACGAUACAAUACGUUUUCGUAACGCGUUGGAUAGUGAACGCUCUUCGAGUUAAUGCACAAAAAGAAUUUCGCGUUUAGGGACGGACAAUCAUUUGCGAAACAGCAACGUGUUCCCCGUUGUCGAACGGGACUGAAGGGGAUACGACGAGAAGCUCUCGAAGCCAGUAUUACCGUGUGCGUUCGGCGACUAGAAUCCGCGGCGGUUAAUCGGCAGCGGUUAUCGCACACCGAUGCUUUCGAUCUUCCGGUUCCAUGUGAUCGUCUACCCGAUCCGGAAAACGGGACGUUCUUCGUGCGCUGUACGCGUCCACGCAAGGUGCCAAAGUAGAAGGUGCGAAUCUGCGGUGAUCGAUAGAUCGUCGACGUGUUCCGAUCAAACGUGGACGCAACCGGUCGAAGGACGACUCGUCGGACCAGCCCUCUUCGGGAUCGAUGGGAUCGACAGAUCGCUAGAUCCGUAGAUCGCGAAAUCGGUAGAUCGCGAGAUCGGUAGACGACAAGGUCAAUAGAUUCAUAGAUCACAAGAUCGAUAGAUCGCAAAAUCUAUAGAUCGCGAGAUCUAUAGAUCACAAAAUCUGUAGAUCACAAGAUCUAUAGAUCGCAAAAUCUGUAGAUCACAAGAUCUAUAGAUCGCAAGAUCUAUAAAUCACAAGAUCCAUAGAUCACAAAAUCUAUAGAUCACAAGGUCGACAGAUUCCGUGAUCGAUAGAUCGCAAGAUCGAUAGAUAGUGUGAUAGAUAGUUCACGAGAUCGCGAAAUCGGUAGAUCACACAAUCAGCAGAUCGCGAGAUCGAUAGAUCCCGAGUUCGGCAGAUUGCAGGAUCUAUAGAUCACGAGAUCAAUAGAUCCAUAGAUCGCAGGAUCGACAGAUUCUGGAAUCCGUAGAUCACAGGAACAACAGAUUCUGAAAUCCGGAGAUCACAAGAUCGAUAGAUCGUGUGAUCGAUAGAUUGUAAGAUAGGUUGAUCAGACGAUCGCACGAUCGGCAGAUCACGAGUUCGGCAGAUUGCAGAAUCCGUGGAUCAUAAGAUCGAGAGAUCCAUAGAUUACAAGAUCUACAGAUUCUGGGAUCCAUGGAUCACAAGAACGGUAGAUCGUGACUUCGUAGAUCCGCGAUCGCGGAUCCGGUAGAUCGCGAUUUUACUUUAGGUUGCGGGACCGGUAGAUCGAGAGAUCCAUUCAAUAUCGUGAGACGCGCGGUAGCAAGAUCAUUCGCGAUUUGCGGGAUCGGGGGGUCGCUGGAUCGUUCGCGAUCGCGAAAUCGGAAGAUCGGGUGUGGUGGUCGUUCGCGAUCCACGGUAGACGUUUCGUCGAUUACGCGCGCGUUUCCGUCGUUGUACAUAGAAAGUCGCAUCAGGGUCCGACACCGGUGACGUGUCCCGUCGGUCGUUCAAUUAUCGUCAAUCUAGAUGAAAGUAACAGUUUAAGGCACGGGAUUCUAUAUCGAAACAUAUCGAAGCCGCGCGAGUUCGAAGCGAGACGAGUGCGAGGCCGCGCGACGCGCUCCUCGAUGCAGACGACCCUUGGAUUGGUGCAACGAGCUCGCUACGAAAUCUUCGACCACGAUGUUUGGAAAUAACGAGCUUGCAUUCGCUAAGGAAAAUCGUUGGAGCUUAGAUUAUUUCGUGGUUUUUAGGGAAUUAAGUAAAACGGGGGGAUGGUUUGGAAAGGGUUUGCUUGCAACAUUGUUCAUAAAAUUCUGCGGCGACACGUUUUAGGAAGAUAGCAGCAAGCUGUCUACGAAAACGUUGCAAACGGAACGUUGUUUUAAAACAUUUCUGCAAUGUCUACGGCGACAAGUUGCUUUCUCUGCAAGAGACGUGGAAGAGCCGCGAGCUACGAAUCAGCUAGGCAAAUGUUGCAACAGAAUGGGUAACUGUUCCGAUGUAACGCUGUUUCAAAAUCUGUACAAAGUUACGUAAAAACAAGUUGUUCCGAAAAGGAAACGCGCGAAAGAGCUGUGAAACGCGAAUUAAUUGCGCGUACGUUGCAAAGGGAACGGACGAACGAGCCGCGCCAAUUUUAUAUUUUAUUUCUUGUUGUUGUUGUCUUUUGAACAAAUUCUAUGAUUAAUAUAUUAGAUCAGAGGUUAUUGAAAAGUUGCAGAGAGACUCUUUCGAUCCGAGACUUUGCUCGAGCAAAAAUUUGUCGAGGUGCUGUACUCGAGCGCCAAGCCGAGAAAGACAAAGUUUUCGUGGAUGUACGUUCGACGAUCAUCGAUUGCUCUUACUUGAAAAUUUGCCAAAUUGUUCGGAAUCGUUCGCGACGAUUCGGCUCGUUGAACCAAUCCGGCGGCGAACACGUGCGAAGAUGGUCGUUCGAGGUUAUGUCGAGGCCGCGAAUUCUUCGAAAGGGAGCCCUCGGUAGAGUGGACUGUGCCAAAUAGGAGCGAGCGAGCGGCUCAUCCUGCUUGCCUUGAAUCGUCGAUUCCACCCAGCGCAACGGUAGAGCCUCUAGAAUCCCGUGGAUUCGCGAAAACUGUAGGGAAACGAUUCUGCAUCGGCGAGACGUCGCCGCGAAUCCUCGAUCGGUACACAACAAUUAAAGUCCCAAUUAAACAUCGCACAAUCCCGAAACGGCUCGUCGGAGUUGCCCGCAACACGUCGACGGGAUAAUUCGCUUCGCCGAUCACAACCGCUGCGAUGUUCAAUUAGCACAAAUGGCCGCGUUGUAAAUAACAUGACGGGGGAGAAGCUCGUGGUUCGUCCACUGGCGGCGCUGGUGUCGCUUCGAGCCCGCGCGAAUUGGGCGCAGGGUCUAGGAAAAAAAAGAAGAAGAAAAACAAGUGUAACACGGUGGGCGAAGAGCAGACACACGCCGAUUUCGGAGCUAUAGCUAAACGCGAUGGAACGAGAUGCCAGUAAAUACAUAUGCUAGAAGCUAGGAGGCGGCGGAGUUAAGAGAUUGCCAGUAUAUGCUAGAGCUAAAAGGCGGCGGAACAAGAUGCCAGUAUAUGCUAGAGCCAGUUUAUAUCAUUAAAGAGAACACACACCUCUACCUUGUAAGAUUACUGCGAAGAUUGAUAAAUGACUAUUUGUUA